AUGGCAAAAAACUGGAUCACAUUUUUGCUGUUCUUCUCAUCAGUUACUAUGUUUGUUGCCACUGCUAUACCGUCUGAAGGGCAUCAGAAUAUGACGGAGGACUUCAUUCAACUGAGUGUCACACGGAAUAAAAUUAUGACAGCACAGUAUGAAUGCUACCAGAAAAUUAUGCAAGAUCCUAUUCAUAGGAAAGAAGGUCCUUACUGUAACAGGACGUGGGAUGGCUGGUUGUGCUGGAGUGAUGUUGCUGCCGGAACCGUGUCAGUACAGCGUUGUCCUGACUACUUUCAGGAUUUCAACCCAUCAGAAAAAGUUACGAAGAUCUGUGAUCCAAGUGGGAAUUGGUUUAGACACCCAGAAAGCAACAGGACGUGGACAAACUAUACUCAGUGUAAUAUCUAUACACAUGAAAAAGUGAAGACUGCUCUGAAUUUGUAUUACUUGGCCAUCAUCGGACAUGGUCUUUCAAUUGCAUCACUUUUGAUUUCUCUUGGCAUAUUCUUUUACUUUAAGAGCUUGAGUUGCCAAAGGAUUACCCUGCAUAAAAAUCUGUUUUUCUCUUUUGUUUGCAACUCUGUUGUAACAAUAAUUUCACUGACUGCAGUUGCCAACAAUCAGGAGUUAGUUGCAACUAAUCCAGUUAGUUGCAAAGUGUCACAGUUCAUCUACCUGUACCUAAUGGGUUGCAACUACUUUUGGAUGCUGUGUGAAGGCAUUUACCUGCAUACUCUCAUUGUGGUGGCUGUCUUUGCUGAGAAACAACACUUGAUGUGGUAUUACCUUCUUGGCUGGGGUUUUCCACUGAUCCCUGCCUGCAUACAUGCUGUUGCUAGAAGUUUAUAUUAUAAUGACAAUUGUUGGAUCAGCUCUGAUACGCAUCUGCUGUACAUCAUCCAUGGCCCUAUUUGUGCUGCUCUCUUGGUGAAUCUUUUCUUCCUGCUAAAUAUCGUUCGUGUUCUCAUAACCAAGCUGAAAGACACCCACAAGGCAGAAUCCAACCUGUACAUGAAAGCAGUGAGAGCAACCCUGAUUCUGGUUCCACUGCUUGGCAUUGAAUUUGUGCUGUUUCCAUGGCGACCAGAAGGCCGGAUCGCUGAGGAAGUGUACGACUAUGUGAUGCACAUCCUUAUGCACUACCAGGGUCUACUGGUGGCUACAAUUUUCUGCUUCUUUAACGGAGAGGUCCAAGCUGUUUUGAGAAGACACUGGAAUCAGUACAAAAUCCAAUUUGAGCACAGCUUCAGCCACUCGGAUGCUAUGCGCACCGCUUCCUACACCGUAUCGUCAAUCAGCGAUGUUCAAGGCUACAGCUACAAUCAUGACUGCACCAGUGAACACUUAAAUGGGAAGGGCUACCAUGACAUGGAGAGCGUUGUUUUAAAAACUGAAAAGCUGUAUGGUUGACUGCCAGAGGCGCGGCAUGUGCCAGUGUGCUUACCCUCGUGAACUCCAA